AGAGUUUCAUGUAACUCUUUAUCUUCUUCCACAGUCCACAUUCUUAGAAUCCAACACGAUUCUUAACUAGAGUUUCAUGUUACCCUUUAUCUUCUUCCACAGUCCACAUUCUUAGAAUCCAACACGAUUCAAGUUAAGAAUGGAAGUCAUCUGGUCCUACAUAUCCUUCUCUCUCAUCCUCCUCUUCUUAGCUUUCAAGUUCUUGUUCACACAACGCCGGAACCUCCUGCCGACUCCAGUACUGUCUCUUCCGGUCAUAGGCCACCUCUACCUCCUGAAACAACCCCUUCAUCAAACCCUCCAAAAGCUCUCACAGAAACAUGGCCCAAUCUUCUCCCUCAGAUUUGGGACCCGACUUGUCACUGUCGUAUCGUCACCAUCUGCGGCGGAGGAAUGUUUCACCAAGAACGACAUCGUUCUCGCUAACCGCCCUCUUUUCCUUGUUGGAAAAUACAUAGGCUAUAACUUCACCACCAUCGUUGGAUCUCCCUACGGCGACCACUGGCGCAAUCUCCGCCGCCUCAGCGCGCAAGAAAUUUUCUCCGCCAGUCGCCUCAACAUGUUUUUAUCGAUUCGACAAGACGAAAUCAAACGUUUGCUGCGUAGCCUGUAUCUAAAUUCUCAGAGAGGGUUUGCGAAGGUUGAAUUGAGAUCGAAAUUAACUGAGCUGUCCUUCAAUGUCAUUAUGAGGAUGAUUGCAGGGAAGAGGUACUUUGGGGAAGACGAGGGCAAUGAAGAGGCAAAGCAUUUUCGGAAGCUCGUGGAGGAGACACUACUCCUUGGUGGUGCCUCGAAUCCUGGCGAUUUCUUACCAAUUUUGCGGUGGAUUGAUUACCAGGGUUUUGAGAAGAAAUUGGUCAGGCUUAGUAAGGACAUGGAUGAAUUUCUACAAGGCCUAAUUGAUGAGCACAAAAAAGAUAUUUCUAGAAAUACCAUGAUCAGUCAUCUGCUUUCUCUGCAAGAAUCACAGCCAGAAUACUAUACAAACCAAAUCAUCAAAGGCCUUGUACUGGUCAUGCUAAUUGCGGGAACUGACACUUCGGCUGUGACAAUAGAGUGGGCAAUGUCUGUUUUACUCAACCACCCGGAAGCAUUGAAAAAGGCUAGAGAAGAAUUGGACAGUAAUGUGGGCUGUACUCGCCUCAUGGAUGAAACAGAUUUGUCUAACUUGCAUUACCUUCAUAGCAUCAUUUUGGAGACUCUUCGGUUAUUUCCACCAGCACCAUUAUUGCUACCACACGAGUCAUCUGCCGAUUGUACUAUUGGCGGAUAUGACGUGCCAUGCGGCACGAUUUUACUAGUUAACGCAUGGGUCAUUCACAGGGACCCGAAUGUGUGGGAUGACCCGAGUAGCUUCAAACCCGAGAGGUUUGAAGGUGGGGCAGUUGGGCAACACAAAUUGAUGCCGUUUGGGAUGGGGAGGAGGUCCUGUCCUGGUGCCGGACUAGCCCAAAGGGUGGUGGGUUCAGCCUUGGGGUCAUUGAUUCAAUGCUUUGAGUGGGAGAGGAUUAGUGAGGAGGAGGUUGAUUUGGCCGAAGGGAAUGGGCUCACCAUGCCCAAAGCAAAGCCAUUGGUGGCCAUGUGUAGAGCCCGCAGCAUCAUGGACAAGGUUCUUUCAGAAGUUGAAUAACAAUGUUUAAGCAUUUCCUGUGAGUGAGUAUUGUUAUUGUUAUUGUUCAUGCCUUUUUUAAGUGUUACUAAUGAUAGCACUGUAGCAUUGUAGUAUUUACUAUAUAAUUGUUGUCACAUCUAUUGUAUAUUUUAUUGGUAGUGCAUAAUAGUGUUAGUUUGGGACACUAAUUUUUGUUUUUAUUUGGGGGUCCAC